AUGCAGAUGUCUACAGCUUCAUUUGUGUCGGGAAAAGGAAGAGCGCGAGCCAGCACGGUACUCUGCAGAUGCUCAGAGCGAGCAACGAGGUUCAGUCUGAACUUGCACUGCCAUGGGCUCCAGGAUUAUCCACGCAAGGGCCGGUCCGGACCGACCCUGCAGCACGUACCCAACUCCUCGCACGGACCGAGCAGGAACGAGCCUGCCCGGCCGAGAGGAGCCCGGUGCCCCCCGCGAGCCGUGGAGGCAUCGCCUUGUGACUGCAGCGCGGCGGGGCGGCUGCACAGCGCCGGAGCAGGGCCGAGCCCGGGCCACGGGGGCCGAGCCAAGCACGGGCGGCCGGGCCGGGGGAGCCCCGAUCCGCCCCCGGGGCCCACGCGGGGCCUGCGGGGCGCUCGGAGCGCGGCGGGGCCGGGCGGGGACCCUCCCGCGGACACAAAGAGCAGGCAGGGGCGGCCCCGGCCCGGCGGGGGGAUCGCGGCCGGCCCCAGGCCCCGCCCGCCUCACCGACCCCCGCCCCGGCUCACGGCACGGCGGGUCCGCCCGAGCCCCGCAUGGUGCCCAGCCCAGCCCAGCCCACCCAGCCCAAUCUAUCCCCCAGCCGAGCCUACCCCCGCACUGCCCCCGCAGUCACGGUCCCGCACGGUCCCCGCGCACCCACCGGCCUCGCCGCGGCCGCAGCAGCUCCUUCCCCGCCCGCGCCGCCGCCUUUUACCGGGGAACGGGCGGCGCCAAGCGCGGCCCGGGCAGCAACAGCUGACGGGAGGAGCCCGCUCGGCCCGGCCCUCCCGCCCGUGA